ACAUUACUACCACAUUAAAAUGGCUGCCUCCUUCGAGUCCACGCCGUUUACACAAGCAGUUUCGAAAAUACUGAACAGUUGGACAGCAUUGCAGUUCGCAGUCAAUCACGGAAUAGGAGGACCCGAAAGCAGAGAGAAAGCGGAAUGGAUGGUAACAGCGAUAUGCACGUGGUUCAACGAAAACAGAGACAUUAAACCAGAUGAACUGGUAGAUUUUUUGGAGGAUGUGCUUGGUGAUGUAUUUGAAGAUUUACAUAUUGAAGAUGACAGCAUACAAAUGGUUGCAAGCCACAUCUGUCAAAGCUACAACCUAAUUGGUACUGGUCAUGCAUCAGAAGUUUUAGGGAUACUGCAGCGGCUGCCUUCAGUCAAUGCUGCACAGUGUCGCAAGGCUGAAACUUCUAAUGAGGAAGUAGAAAUGCCAGAUGACCUGGUGGCAGCUAGUGAUGUGCAGGGGUCUUCUUUUGCAUCACACCCACAAGGCUCACUACCUAAAGGCACAGCGGAGGACUCCCUCAGUAAUGACGAGCAUGGAGAAGGUGAUGCAGGAGACUCGGCAAUGGAUGUAGAAGAAGAAGGAUGGGAAGUGGUACAGCGGGGAAAGAAGAAAAAGUAAUGAAAAUUAAAAGACCACUUGAGAAAACAAAAGCUUCAUAAAAAGCUUGGAGUCUGAUUUGCUACCAUGUUGUGUGCACAAGCUGCCACUCUUUGAGCAUCCUUUGGAUUGGUGUGCAAGUGUUGCUUGUUGCAUAGUCAAAGAACAAGUUUGUUGUCAGCAGUUUUUGUGCUUCUGUUGGCCUGUACAAAGUGGUUCCUCUUCCCCCCCCCCACACCCCAAUGUUUGUUGGACAGUAAAAUUAGGACAUGUGUAAGAGUCAAACUACCCUUGCACUGAGUUUGCUUUUUGCAGCUCUGUUGUCCAACCUGGUACCAUGCAGUGUUACAAAAUGGGCUGAUAAUGUACUCAUUACAGUUCAGACUAUAUAGUAGUCUGUUUAGUCAAAUAAAGUUUAUUCAAUGGAUGUGUAAGCUCUCAACUGCAGAGUGUUAGUAGUAAUUUCAGCCCUUAAUGACUGUUCAACAGACAUUAUGAAAACUGAGAAAGCUCGCUCCUUCUAAAUAAAUUUAAAUCCUACAUGAUGCACUAAACCAGUGACUUUGUACAGAGCAAGGUUGCCACCCUCGUGGGUUACUCCUUGCAACAGUCAAGCGGCACAAGUUGGUCUGGUUCAGCCAUGUGACCCAGCAAAUCACUCUAAUGGCAAGCAAAAUUGUUCUUCAGGAAAACUUGAGGAAUGUCACCACCAAGAGAGACGAAGAACUGGCUUACAAGUGAAGGAGUGGACUGGUCAUUCCAUGCAGGAUCUUCACACCACAGGCCUAAGUGGCCAGUCUUGUCAGCCACUGCAUCUGUCCAGUUCUCUCGAUGACCAGUACCAUCAGACCACCAUAACUGCUCGUCAUAGAUGAAUGUUUUGCCCUGAAAAUCUGGCUGUGACUGGUUUAGAUUGAAAUCUGUGCCAAAUCCUGUUUUUAAAAGUAACUGACUUGUCUUGUGUGAGCAAAAUGUUAUGAAAUGUCCACAAAUAAUGAAUAGUAAUUUAAAUUUAUUGCAUUUACAUUAUUUUCCCCAUCAAAUUCAUUAUUUGGAGUGGAGUAGAAAAUGAGAAUAUUUAACAGAUUCCUGAAGAACUUUAAAAAAGAUGUAUUCUUCAGACCAUUUCACACAAGUACAGGUAAUAAUUAAGAAUAAACAAACAUCUUUGCUUAUGGCAGACACCAUGUUUUUAUUGAUAUUUGCCAUAUACAUAAUUUGGGUGCAGUAAAAUAAACUAGAUGAACUUGCA